AGAGCGCUGCAGACUUGCUUUGGUUCAUCCACAUUGUUAACACCGCUUCUCGUGCGCUCUCGGUGAUGUUGCGGAGCCGCUCGUCGGGGGACAUUUAACCCGGAGAUUGUGCGCGUUUACGCAGAGGUUUAAUUCACUGCGUGUGUUGUUGUUGAUCGGCAGGGCAGCUGCGGGUUCAGCCGGAGCUGAAGCUGCUGAUUUCUUUCUUUUUGGCUUCUUGGGUGAUUCACUGCGAACAGGAGGAGAGAUCCGGAGCUGCUGGAAAAAGCGACAGCACAAGGACUGCGCCACUGAUUUCUUUAUCUUUAAAUUGUGGGACAUUUAUUCUCUGUUUUUUGUAUUUUUUCCCCCCAACCGCGUAGCUCCUCUGUGGGAAAUUCAAGGCGAGUUGGAGAAACUGUUGGCUGCGCGGAGCGGAGUUGAGUCGGAGGAAGAUUGUUCAGGCAGAAAUAUUGUGGAUUUCCAGCGUCUGUUCACUACUUUAAGUAGAACAGGUUUUCAGUGAAGCGAGGGAAGAGUGAGCGUUUGGUGCAAAGUAAUUGAUCGGACUGUCAAAACGUGGACUGAGCAAGAAAUUGCUGUCACAGAAUAGUAAGACAUCGCGUUAAUUGUGUCAUAAACACUAAGGAGGGAGCUACAUCUGAGCUGGACUAAAAAGUGGACUCUCAUCACAGCAUCUCACUACUAUAUCCAUCAGAACCUGAACCAGAGGAGGGACUGUAAUCAAUUUGGCUUCACCGGAGUUCCAGAGCAAAUAUGCCGCAGGUGGACAUGAUCCUCUUCCUCAUCCUCAUCAUUGUGAUGUGUGUGUACGGCCAGGACCCGGCGUCCAAGGUGGUGUCCGAUCGAUACGCCGUCUAUUGGAACCGGACCAACCCCAAGUUUUACCGGGGUGACUACCACAUUGACGUCUGCAUUAAUGACUACCUUGAUGUCUACUGUCCGCACUACAUUGGCCCAGUCUCAGACGAGCGGGCUGAGCGUUACAUCCUCUACAUGGUGAACUAUGAUGGCUACAGCUCCUGCGACCACACCGCCAAGGGCUUCAAACGCUGGGAGUGCAACAGGCCUUUGUCGCCAAACGGACCGUUGAAGUUUUCGGAGAAGUUCCAGCUCUUUACUCCCUUCUCCCUGGGCUUCGAGUUUCGCCCUGGCAGAGAGUAUUAUUAUAUCUCCUCGAUCACUGACGACAAGGGAAGACGGAGCUGCCUUCGACUCAAGGUCUUCGUCAGGCCUCAAAACAAUUGUGUGAAAAACCCUGGGACCACGCAGGAAGGGGUCGAUUUUGAAGACAACAGCCACAACUCUCUAGAACCCAGAGACGGCAUCGGUCAUGAGUCACCAGAGCCGGCACGGAGGGAUGUGAAUUCGGCCGACCGACGCCAAACUUCAGUCCUCCUGCUCAGCUCCGCCCUCAUACUCCUGGCUGCCAUCUUGUCUUUAUAGCGCCCAGUCUGAGAAUGCCGACAGGAAUGGACUGUCCUGAUUGGACCACAGGCCGCCCUACCCUGCAACCCCUCCCCUCAAGGAGCACUUUUUAAAAAAAAAAAAAUACUGACAAUCUCUCUUGGUGAAAAGAGAGAAGAAGGGACUUCGACACUGAAGCCUUCGUUGUUUUUUUGACUUGCCAACUCGAGUGAUUCUUUACUUUCUUGUGGGUGCCGAUUGUGGAGGCACCCCGGGGUGAAAGAAUCUCUUUACCUGUUUGCCUCGCUACCGUUCACAGUAUGCAGAUAUUUUGUUUUUUUGUGUUAAAGACAUGCACACAUACAUGCUUUCAAACAUACACACCCUUAAAACUACACAAUCAGUACGUUCUUCAGCUUGAAUGGCAAAGAAGCACAGCAGGAUCUCUCAGAAGUUUACAGACUUUUUUUUUUUUUUUAAGUUCAGGAAAACAUCACAUAACCCCCCCCGACAUGUAACAUGAUUAAAUCUCACGUCAAAGCGGAAGAAGUUUCUGAGAAGAUCCAGAAGCGACACAUCACUUAGAGGCCAAUGGAAAGGAGAACUAGGAUACAUUUGGCAAUGGCGUGGGAGUACACGCUGAUGACUUAACCGUCCUCUCAGGUUAAAAAGGAGUCGGAUGCAUUGUCUCAGACUGUCGUGGAGAGUAAAAGAAAGAUAAAGAAGCACUCAUCUUUUAGUGUUUGGAUAGGGGCAAUUUAAUGAUUAAUGUGUUUGUUUUUUAAUAAAUCACCUAAUUCAAUUGUAGCAGCCAACACGGGUGUACAGUAAAAUAUUUGAACGGAGCGUAGAAGUGGAUACGGUAUUUUGCCAGGCAAAAUGUAUUUUCCUAUUUAUUGUGAAGUCCUCGUGCUUUUUUCUGUUCUGGUUUAGUCUGUAAGUACGGUAGAAAGGCAAUAAAAAAAACACUUAGCCAUUAAGUUAGUUCAUAUUACAGUUUUUUUGAUACAAUCAUAAAAACACUGCAGUUUAUGUAUCUGUUUGGAUUGAUCGCUGAUGAAUUGUUUAACAAAGUCCCGGAAGAAAAAAAAAAAAGUCUGAUGUGCUAUCAGGGUGUAGAAAUCGUAGAAUAUUUGUGUUUGUCAUUAAAAAUGUCACAGAUGUACUUUUACUAUUACACUAUUGCUUUUGUGAAUCACUGUCAUAACACAAGUAUUGUAAAUAGAGACAAAAUUUCCUACAAAGUUCAGGGAUGUGUCCAUGCCUAACAUGAGGUAAAAAAUGAUUAUUGUUAUUUUUUUUUAAUCAGGAGGGUUACGCUUCCUCGACUAAAGCAGCACAAGUUUUCUGUGGCUACAGAUGUUUCAGUGAGACAGUGACCGAGUUUCCGAGCGGGUGGUGGUAGUGUGUGGGGGGGCACGGGGAUGGUGUGUGAUUCACUUGCCCUCUUUGAUGUCGUGUUAAGUGGCGUCUGUACAGAAAAUACACCGGGGGCGCCCUCGUACCGGUUAUUUCUGGAAUGAAAAAUCGACCACCAGCAGAGAUGGAAUAAACAGAGCGAGGUGUCCUGUUCUCUCAGGGCAAACUGAAACUCUGCACUGCUGGACCUGAGAGGGGAAGAGAAGGAGGGCGAGAUGGGGAGCUUUGUAGUGCUCCUGCUGAGAUCAGUGGGCAUGUUGUCCAAGCAGGAACAUGCGGUAAACAUAUCUUCUCCACGAGGCUUGUGCCAGUUGGUGAUCAGCUUAACAAUCAACAAUUCAGGAGACAGUCAGCAAUUGUUUUUCUCCCCUGUUAGUAUUAAACAACUAAACUGUUACAGAAAAUAGAGUCCAAAAUCUGCAUUUGCAGGGGUUUCUGGGGCAGUGGCAUGUUUUACAAAAAAAAAAAAAAAACGCUUUUGUUACUCUGUUAUUUAAUUUAGCCCUUUGAAACUUGGAUGGAUAUCACUUUUCUUGUGCUGCAUUCAGAUGCCUUUUACAUGUUAUACACAGCUGGACCCAAGGCAAAUUGGUUGGACUUCUUUCAAAGGCAUUGGGGAAACAGGCAUUAAGCAAAUUGGCAAGAAAUUUCUCAAGAAAUUAGUAAAUUAAGAAAACUAAUUUGGGGGUAAAACAGCUUUGGAAAAAUAAAAAC